AUGAAGUUCUCUCGUAUGUUCUUGUUCGUGUUCGCGUGUCUGGUCGCGCUGAGCGCCGUCAGCGCCGCGCCAGAACCGAGGUGGAAGGUCUUCAAGAAGAUCGAGAAAGUGGGACGCAACGUCAGAGACGGUAUCAUCAAGGCUGGACCAGCCAUCGGCGUGCUUGGACAAGCCAAGGCUCUUGGAUAAACUAGUCUACAAACUCAUCAUCAUCAUCAUCCUCAUUUGACCAACGUGUUCCCGAUUGGGUUGACACAUUAUAUUCUUUCAUUCAUCCUUGUAUAAAAAUCAUUACUCAAAAUGUAUUAAUUUAAGGGUUAUUCUCAGUGUAAAGGCUAACAUAGUUAUCAAAGAUGUGCUGUGAAAAUAAAUUAUUUAUUAUAUA